AUGUCACUGCUCGGCGUGACGGGCUGGCAUCAGUAUGUCACUGCUUGGCGUGACGGCUGGCACAGGCGGGGCCGCCGCCGCUGCCGCCGACCGGCGCGCUUCGCUCGGUGUCAUGCUGACCUAACGACGUGCGCCGCGACCGCCAGGUGGCUGCGCUCGGUGCUGCCGCCCGUGCUGCGACCCUUCACCCAGCUGCACGCGUGGUGGCAUGUGUUCGCCGGCUACGCCAGCUAUAUCCACAUACUGUACUGCCUGAAGGCGCGCUGCAACAUUCGGCAUCAGAAGAGCGAGGCGUGCUUUGGCCCGAUGGGCUUCACCGUGCGCCGUCUGCCCUCUCACCGCGCCGAGGCGAACGGCCACACGGACAACUGCAACAACCUCAAGCACCUGGACUGACCGCGCCGCCGGCGCCGCCUCUCGGUCGAACCAUGUACUCGAGCUUGGCACACUAGU